CUUUCCUGUAGGUUUCUUUCCAAGGUAAUGGAAGUGGUCAAUUAAAUACGGGUGAGCUAAUGGUCAACUAAAUACGGAUGUGCUAAUGGUCAAUUAAAUACAGAAAAAUCUUUGCCAUAGCACAUAGGCAUCUGGAUCCAAAACAAGACGCGUUCGUUUUUCGUUUCAAAAGAGAGAGCGGGGAGCGUUUUAUCUAGGUCUAUGAAGUUUUAAAGUGCUUAUCUAAGUCCACGUUCUAAUAAAGAGCGAUCGUAGAGGUUCAUGCACGUCCACGGAGAUAUCUCUUUUGCCUACGUGGCGACGCCAGUGUGGCAACAAGUUGAAAAAAAAACCCAAUCCAUCUUCCAUUUCUUACACUCUCUCGUCCUCGCUCCCGUCCCUCUUGCGCUGAAGAGCUCGCCGCCGGCGACCUCGUGGGUAAUGAGACCUACACCGGUCAACUCGUCACAGCCGCGUGACAUCGCGCCAGGCCAGUAGGCGCACAUCCGGAGCUCCACGGCUGCGGUGAGCACGAGAAAGGCCACCAGGGCCACGGCUGCCGCCGGAUGAGGAUGCGGCCACGGACACGCCGAAGAGGAGCGCGACUGCGCAAGGGAGAUGGAAGGCGGCGGCAGCGUCGGCUCCGGAGUCCGCCGCGGCCGGCCAGAGCGCGGGCCGCACUGCUGCUCCGCGCCCUCCGCCUCCCCGAGGGCCGGGGCGGCGUGAGGCCGGAUGCCGCCGACAGGGAGCUGCGCAACGGCGACGAGUGUAGCCCCCAGGCCUCGGCGCGCGGCCGCUCCCGGUGGCAGGCGGGACGUGCUGGGGAGCCGCAGUGGCUGGGCUGCGAGCUCUGACGUCGACGGCGGGGGCGACGUCGGCGUCGGCGGUGAGCUCUCAGACCUCGACGGCGCGGCCACGCUUGCGGCCGGCGGCGGGGGCGGCGUCAGCGGCGCACUUGCCCCAAGGGCCGCGGUGGAGCUCCAGCCGACGCUGUCGCUCCCGCUGCGGCGGAGCUGCUCGGCGAGCUCCGCGGAGGGGUCGCCGAGCCCCUGGGACACGCAGCACCAGCAGCGCGGUGAGCCCGCCGUGGACCGGCGGCGCGGUGAGCAUGCUCGCGGCGUCCGCGUCAAGGUCGCUCGACCUCGCCCAGCGUCGGAUGAGAUGCAGAGGCCGCCGCCCGCACGGCGCGCCUACGUCCGUCAGCGUCACCAUCCCCAGCCUGUCCAGGAAGAAGCUCUCGGGUCUCCACCUCUGAAAGUGGGAGCUCCUCGUGUUCGUGCUCAUCUGCGGCCGCCUCGUCUCCGGCUGGCUCAUCCGCUUGCCGUCUUCUUCGUGGAGCACAACUUCCUGCCACAGGUCACAACAUGUGCGAGAGGGACGGGUGAGAAGAUAGAUGUGAGAGUGAGAAAAGAAAGAUAGAGGGGUCUUUUUUUCAAUUUGUUGCCAUGCUGGCAUCGCCACGUAGGCAAAAGUGCCUCCGUGGACGCCCGUGGAUCUCCACAACCACUCUUUAUUAGAUCUAGAUCUAGAUGAGACGUCGGGAAUGGUUAACGGACCUCCGGUGGAAUUCACUCAGCUUCAAAAUGGGAAGGUGGCAGGCUAUUGCUAAACCGUUUCCUGUGACCUGUGGGCCAAAAGCUUUAAGGUAGGCCUUACUGCCAGCCCAGAAGCCCACACCACGCCGAGAGCCGGCGCACGCGGGCCCCGCUUCACCUCCGCUCCGCUUCCUGCCUCCUCGAACUCCGCCCCGAGGUAAGGGAAAACGGAAGGCCGCUCCAGCGGCGACGCGACUCGUGCGCCACCGGGAAGGCUGAGGGGGGUGGGGUGGGUGUGGCGCAGCCGAGGACUAAGAUCCCGCUGCCGCCGGUGGGCUUCCCCUUGACCAGCAAUGGGCGUGGCGGGGCGCUACUGCGUCACACCGCAAAGGACUCCCUAGCGUGGCGUCCGUCUCCAUAGUUCACAGUGAGCACCGAGCAAAUGCAUCUGCGACCUCGCCGCCGUUAAUGUCUCCGUCGCUUCGCUUCCCUGUCUCUCCUCCAUUGCCGCUGCAUUCGGGUUCGAUAUCAUUUGUUGCAUCAAUUUCCGCUCAUCAGUGUGAGUGCCCUCCACAUCUAGCGUGCUCUAGUUUUGCUCGCCUACAUUUGGAUUGGGUGCCGCCGUGCCGCUGCUGGAUACCCGUGGAGUAUAUUACUAUUUGUCUAGUGCAUCUGUCAUUCAGUCAUUGUCGUGGUAGAUUCAGCUAGUGAUCCCAAUUCCCAGUUCCAAAUGCCCAUCAACUAGCAGUUGAGUGAAACGCCAAUGUGUGUGGUCCCUGAUUCUCAUUUUAUAUUUGGCCGUUCUUUGCUGGAAACAUUGUGACCAAGAAAAUUGUGUCCAUCACACUAGUUUUUUCCGGACGAGUUUAACUUCUUACUUCUGCCACGUAAGUUUGUUUUACGUCUGGUAUCCAAAAAGAACUAAAAAAUGCCUCGAAUUCACACUCGAUGUUUAACGUCCUAGUCCUAAUCCUAACCAGUAUCUGCAGUAAUGCUUGGCUGCUUUGUGUCCGUGUUGACUGUAUGUCUGGAUGCUAUCUUGGGAAGUACGUGAACAAUAACGAGUAUCUUUGUGUAAGGUAGAUAAAACGAUAAGAAAAUAUUGUUGAGUUGACCACAAAACAACUACAAAGUGACCUCUUUUUUUUUCAGCCAGAUACUGGAUCACUUCCAAAAGAUGAAAUGGUAAAUUAAAACUCCUGUAUUUCUUGAAAAGUUUCAAGACAAUGUAAUUUCUGCGUUUAGAUCCUUCUAUUAUUCCAGCAUAUUCAACUAAUUCCUUACCUCACCUGUUGUGUUUUCCUGUCAGUGCAAAGGGCUAUUAAGAAUUGAUUGGUGAUCUGGACUCAAUAUCAGGACUUGUUUGGGUUUCUGAACCAGAUAUUAUAAGCUCCAUUGAAAUUUCAUCUUCCUGUGGAUAGGAGCUGUCAUCUGAAUCAUUGAGAUGUGUCAGAAAGGCUAUUAAAAGGGCAGAAGUUGCAGCAACCCCAAAAACUAGAAACAGUCCUGAGAAGCUGCUGAAGUUGAGACUGCUUGAACUGAUCACUGUACCAUCAUUUUGACAGGCAUUUUUGUCCCCAGUCCAUUUCUUCUCUAUACGAAUAAUAUCAUCCCCUUCUGUUAUGCUGAGGAUUGCCCUGGAUAUGUCAUAGACUAGAGGGGAUCUCUUAGGAAAUGCCUGUACAAAAAAGGUAUAAC